AAUCAACUCAAUAUAUUCACUCUGCCAAGAAACACAUAAUCAACACAUAUCAAGUAGAGCAAAGUUGUGUCACCUAUUCGUGGCCACAGCCCAGUCCGAACUCAUUGAAUUGAACAAGGAGGAGAAGAUGCACCAUAUGCCUCUCAUGUCAAAGUUAAGCAUUCAUAAUGCCAGUACUUGUCUCUUCAUGAUCUUCUUCAUAAGCCUUGUAAUUCGCACCAAGUGCGCCUGUGAUCAAACUAAGAACGCAGCAGCCUUAUUCGUGUUUGGUGACUCACUAUUUGAUCCUGGCAAUAAUAACUACUUCAACACUCCUGCUCGGGCCAACUAUUUUCCAUAUGGUGAAACCUUUUUUAAGUAUCCAACUGGGAGAUUCUCUAACGGCCGCUUAAUCCCCGAUUUCGUUGCUGAGUAUGCCAAGUUGCCACUAAUUCCACCAUAUUUACAUCCUGGUUAUGUUGACUUUACAUCUGGUGCGAACUUUGCUUCUGCUGGAGCUGGUGCUCUGAUUGAAACUCACCAAGGAAUUGCAUUAAGCCUUCGAACUCAAGUUGGUUAUUUCAAGAAUGUUAGCAGGCUAUUGAGGCUAAAACUAGGGGAUGCAGUGGCCAUAACUCUGCUGUCAAGAGCUGUUUACUUGUUCAAUGUAGGAAUCAACGAUUACAUGUCCCUUUUCAACUCGAACUCUACCACCUUUUCAUCCUUCUCAACCAAAGAAUUUGUAGGGAUGGUGAUAGGCAACAUAAGCUCAGUGAUUGAGGAAAUAUAUGAGGUGGGAGGAAGAAAAUUUGGGUUUCAAACCGUAAGGCCUAUUGCUUGUGCACCAAACUCAAGAGUUCUUGCAGAAGGAAAAUAUAAUGAGUCCUGCUUGGAUCAGGGUACACCAUUUGUACUAUUACACAAUAUACAACUCUCCAAGCUCCUCAAAAAGCUAAAUACUCAACUCAAAGGAUUCAAAUACUCACUCAAUGAUUAUAAUACAUUUCUCCAAGAAAGAAUGGAUCACCCUUCUAAAUAUGGGUUCAAGGAAGGGAUGGUGGGUUGCUGUGGCAGUGGUCCUUACCAAGGAAUUUUCAACUGUGGAGGGAAGAGAGCAAAAGAGUACUUUUUAUGUGGUAAUGUUAGUGAGUAUGUGUUCUUUGACUCUUCUCAUUCCACUGAGAGGGUAUAUCAACAAUUUACUGAGCAAACAUGGAGUAAAGAGCCAAGUCCCAAAGGGUCUUACAAUCUCAGAGAAUUAUUUACGUUUAAUUAAACGUUUUGUGGAUUAAUAUAGAGAAGCAUAUAUCUUUUUUAAUUUACUUCUCAUGCACAAUAAUAAAAGCUGGCAGAAUUUAAACGUGUACGUUUUAACUUUGAUAUGUAUUAUAAGGUUGGAAUCAAUGUGACCAUCAAUCACACUAACUUAUGAUUACUAAUUUUCCAUACAUCAUUAUUUAUACUUUUUUUUAUAUAUUAACCUUCUAGUUUUUUCCCCUCA